UUCCUCAAUAUUCAGACACCUCCGGAAUAUCAUCCAUAACGGAAUUACCUUAUUUUUCUCUAUAAAGCUUUUAAGGCUGAGGAAACGUCAUCCUACACAAUAUCUAUAUCUUCAUUAACCAUGUCGAUGUGGUUUGCUGUACUUCAUGUAUUAGGUAUUCUGUCUUUGACAUGUUGCACAUUUGGAUCUGAUUUAAAUGUUCCGACACCGAUUAGCUGUGGGACGCGUGCGGUGGAUCUACCAGACACACGUCAGAUAGUGCUCUGCCCAGCAAACUGCACUCUCUGGAGUCUGUCAGUGUUUGGUUCAGGAGUAUAUGCCUCUAUUUCCAGCAUAUGUGGAGCAGCAAUACACAGAGGAAUCAUAGGUCUCUCUGGUGGACCUGUGGAGGUUCACGGGCUGCAAGGGAGGACAAACUACCUCAGCUCUUACGCUCAUGGCGUCCAGUCUCAGUCCCUGUCCCAAUGGAGCUCAUCUUUCACUGUGGCCAGAACAAUUAGCUUGCCUUUGGAAGUGUCCAGUCAAACCAGCAGUUCUGCCAAUGUUGCAUCUGGAGCAGCCAAGAAACCGGUAAAAAAAACAGUGAAGAAACCUCCUCCUCCAACAACAGCAAACAGGGAUUGCCCAGUCGAUAUGGCUUUGCUGCUGGACGGCAGUUACAACAUUGGACAGCGGCGGUAUAAUCUGCAGAAGAACUUUGUCAGUAAGCUUGUAGCCAUGCUGAAGGUUGGAACGCCGGGUCCUCAUGUAGGAGUGGUGCAGACCAGUGAGACACCUCGAACUGAAUUCUACUUGUCAAACUAUACAACAACCAAAGAUCUGACUUUUGCCAUCAAAGAGAUGCCAUACAUUGGGGGCAAAACCAAUACAGGCAAGGCCAUACUACACACUGUGAGGAACUUCUUCAAUCCGGAUUUUGGUGUUCGGAGAGGUUACCCACGGGUCAUUGUGGUGUUUGUCGAUGGGUGGCCUUCUGAUAAUGUGGAGGAGGCAGCAAUUUUAGCCAGAGAGUCCGGUAUUAACAUCUUCUUUGUGUCUGUCGCCAAACCUGCUCCUGAGGAGAUGAGCCUGGUGAGCGAGCAAGACUUCAUGAGAAAGGCGGUGUGCAAGGACAACGAGUUCUUCACCUUCACCAUGCCCAGCUGGUUCAGCACAAAUAAGUUUGUGAAGCCACUAGCUCAUAAACUUUGCUCCAUCGAUCAGAUGCUCUGCAGCAAGACAUGCUAUAACUCAGUGAACCUGGGCUUCCUGAUUGACGGCUCCAGCAGCGUAGGUGAUGGGAACUUUCGGCUCGUUCUGGACCUUCUUCUCUCUGUCGCGCGCAACUUUGACAUCUCUGACAUCGGCUCUCGCAUCGGUGCCAUUCAGUUCACCUACGACCAAAGGAUGGAGUUCAACUUCAAUGACCACACCACAAAAGAUAGUGCUCUGAGCGCCCUGGAGAACAUCCCGUACAUGAGCGGAGGAACGGCCACAGGAGACGCCAUCAACUUUGCAGUGCGGAGUCUCUUUAAACCGCGCACAGGCUCCAACAAGAAUUUCCUCAUCAUCAUCACUGAUGGACAGUCUUACGAUGAUGUGAGAGUGCCAGCUAUGGCUGCCCAGAGAGAGGGGAUCACUGUGUUUACAGUGGGCGUAGCUUGGGCUCCGAUGGAAGAUCUGAAGGCGAUGGCGUCCGAGCCCAAGGAAAGUCAUGUGUUUUUCACUCGCGAGUUCACCGGCCUGGCGCAGUUCCAGCAGCCCAUCGUACGGGGCAUCUGCAGGGACUUUACAGAGUUCAAUUAGACAGUGCAACUGCUUGAGAGCAACAAUAGAAAGUAAGAAUGCAGGAAAGGAAGAAAAAAAAAAAAAAAAGAAAGAAAAAAGGGGGGCAAUCCUGAAAGAGAAGUCACUUUUGUCUUUUGCAGAAAAAGGGAUUUGAAUGGUUUUGUUAUAAAGGUAUUGGUACGUUUGAUCCAAAGGAUUUUACAGCUUAAUUGAGAAUGUAUCACACAGUAUUGUAUGUCAACCUCUCUAUAACAUGGAGAAUGUAUUUGUUGGUGAUUUAUAGUCUUUCUCUUUAUGUUCCUGGUGAAAAACAUUCACUCAUGCUUCUGGCACGUCUUUUUUUCCUGUGGAGGGGUCACUGUAACAAAAGGCUCUUUUAUAUUCAUUUCGGGACUUGAAGAUUUAAUUCCAGUUAUGCAAGGUUGUGCACAAGAUAGUACGCAAAAGCAGUCACGAUGAGGACUGUCAGUGAAACAGCGCCCUCAUAUGCAUUCUGGUGGCAGUACACAAAUACACAGCUUUCAGUCAAACAUUCAUAAAUAGUUCUGGGUUAUAUAAUAAAAUAUAGGCCUUCCCAGGAGUAGCAAACAAUAUACAUGCACUGUAGUACAUUCACAACAUCACAAUCAAUCACGAAUGUCUGGGUGUGCGAUGACAAAAAAAAAAAAAAGGUUAACGUUUUGAUUAUAUAUCAUGUUUUCCUUUUCUUAAAUUAUACUUUCAUGUAUUUAUCGAACCUAUUUUCUGUGUACCUUUCUAUAUGCAUGCUUUACUGUCUCACGUAAUGAAAACAGAGGGGAGGAGGGGUGUCAAACUGCUUGUACAUUUGUUUAUAAUUUAUUACUUUCUUCUCAAUAAAGGACAAGGUGUUUGUACAACUUGA